AUGGCCCCGCCCGCGACCCUCCUGGCGCUGCUGCUGGUCCCGGCCGCGGUCGCGCUGCAAGCCGACCUGGGCAAAUCCAACGACGACAAGAAGCACAAACCCGCCCUGCACGGGCACGAGAAGACGCAUCACAGAGCCGGGCUGCACGAGAAGAUGCGGCACGGGCCGGCGGCGCACGACAAGCCCGAGGGGGCGGCGCUGGCGCUGCACAAACACGGGCUGCACGGGAAGGCCGAGAAGAGCGGCGCGAAACACGGGCUGCACGAGAAGACCGAGAAGACCAUCGCGAGGCACUCGCUGCACGAGAAGUCGGCGGCGGAGUCCCACGGCAAGCACAGGAAGAAGAAGGAGGAUGCCGUGGAGGAGGUGGUCGAGGAGGAGCUGGUGGAGGACGAUUCCCAGUGCGCGGACCGACGCGGAGAACGGGACCAAGUGCUUCUCCGCCGUGACGUGGCUUCGGAGGGACGGUUUCCGGCUGCACCCCGAGUGGUACCCGGCGUAUGGUGA